AUGAGUUGCGAAAAGAAACCAAUACCAGUUGUUGGUGAAAGAAAUAUUCUUAUUACUAGUGCAUUACCAUAUUGUAAUAACGUACCUCAUCUUGGUACAUUAAUUGGUUGCGUUUUGUCUGCUGAUGUUUAUGCAAGAUAUUGUAGAAUGAGAGGAUACAACACGUUGUAUGUUUGUGGAACUGAUGAAUAUGGAACAACAACAGAACAAAAAGCAUUGUUAGAACAUUGUACACCACAAGAAAUUUGUAAUAAGUAUUAUACCCUUCAUAAAGAGGUAUAUGACUGGUUUGACAUUUCAUUUAAUUACUUUGGAAGAACAUCAACUGAGAAACAAACUGAAAUUACACAAGACAUUUUUAAACAUUUAAAUGACAAUGGUUAUAUUUAUAAAGAUUCAGUAGAACAAUUUUAUUGUGAAAAGUGUGAUAAAUUUUUAGCUGAUAGAUUUGUUGAAGGAGUAUGUCCAUUUUGUAAUGCCCCUGGUGCUCGUGGAGACCAAUGUGAUAGUUGCCAAAAAUUAAUUAAUACUGUUGAAUUAAUUAAUCCACAAUGUAAAGUCUGUCACUCUGUUCCAGUAAGAAGAAGUUCAGAACAUCUUUUUAUUGACCUUCCAAAACUUCAAGAUAAAUUAGGAAAUUGGGCAAAUGAAACAAUGAGUAAAUAUGAAUGGCCAAAUAACUGUGCAUGUGCUACAAAAACAUGGUUAAAUAAUUUAAAAGGAAGAUGUAUCACAAGAGAUCUUAAAUGGGGAACUAAAGUGCCAUUAGAAGGGUUUGAAAAUAAAGUGUUUUAUGUUUGGUUUGAUGCACCAAUUGGAUAUCUUUCUAUUACUGCUAAUUACACUGAUGAUUGGAAGAAAUGGUGGAUGGAUAAUGAACAUGUAGAAUUAACACAAUUCCUUGGAAAAGAUAAUAUUGUAUUCCACAGUGUUUUAUUCCCAUCAACACUUCUUGGAACUGGAGAACCAUGGACUAUGGUAAGAAAACUUGCAACUACUGAAUAUUUGAAUUAUGAAGAUUGUAAAUUCUCAAAGUCAAAUGGAACAGGAGUAUUUGGAGAUGAUGCCAUGAAAACUGGAAUCCCACCAGAAGUAUGGAGAUAUUAUCUUCUCAUUAAUCGACCAGAACAAUCUGACACAGUAUUCUUAUGGAAUGAUCUUAUGGAGAAAAAUAAUAAUGAGUUAUUAAAGAAUAUUGGAAAUCUUGCUCAAAGAACAUUAACAUUUGCUGUAAAGAAUUUUGAUAAUAAAAUACCAAAGAAGAUCACUAAAAUUACAGAAGUUGAAUUAAAUUGUGAAAAAGAAAUUAAAGAAUUAUAUAAAGAAUAUCUUAGUGCAAUGGAAAAUGUUAAAUUAAAAGAAGGACUAAAAAUUGCUAUGGCUAUUUCAUCUGUUGGUAAUAAAUAUCUUCAAGACACUGCUGCAUGGAAAACAAUUAAAAGUGAUAAAGAACGAGCUGCUGAUGAAAUUUAUUAUGCAUUGAAUAUCCUUUAUUUUGUCUCACUUGUACUUGAUCCAUAUAUACCAGAAUUUGGUAAAAAGGUUAGAGAACAAAUGAAUUUACCAGCUAUUCCAUUACCAAAUGAUUUUGGACUUCUUCUUGAAGGAGAAACUAUGUUAGGAAAAGUCGAAGUUAUCUUCAAAAUGAUUUCAAAAGAACAGAUUGAAGAAUUAAGAGCAAAGUUUAGUGGAAAACAAGGAGUUCCAAGCACUACCGCAACAACAACUAAAAGUAAAGCUAAAGGAAAUGGAAAACAGAAUAAUGUCAAAGAA